GCGAGGCACAAGCAAAUCAGACACAGAUCCGCCCUUUGCUGGCCCUUCCAAGGACACGCUGGCCGAGUGGCUACUUAGUUAUCCUUGGGGUAAGCUCGCGGGCUCCGCAAUAGUCCCGCGAGACUCCCUUGCUCCCGCACACCGCAAUUUCGGGGUGUUUGUCCAGCCCCCGGGAAAGCGGUCCUCCCUUUGGGUCCUUGCUGGCUCCUCUCCUGCCAUCCUGGAAAGGAAUUAGAGGCGCUGCAGAGAAGGAGGCAGCCGAUGGCUGAGCGCAGCUGAAAGGAGGAGAGAGCGGGCGAUCGGGGACUGAAUCUGGGGAUGGAGGAGGAGGCCUUUGGCCGCCAGUUCUCCGGCCUUUCUGCGGGCUGAGCAGGGCGAUGGGCUGAGCGCUUCGCCCGACUCAUCCCAUAGCAUCUUCAGCCCAGAUGAAGCGAUCCAGAGUGGGCCCUUCCUCUCUCGGCGUCAUGAGCCUGUUUGGACGAAAACCCCAAGCGACUUCGGAACCCCACGGGAAGCUGGAGGGCCCUCCCUUAGACCGCGCCGAGGAGACCCGAGUCGCUUUAAUGCUGCCAGAGGAGGAGAAGGACGAGAAGGAACGGGAGGACUUCGUGGAGUGCCCGCUCUGUCUUCUGGCCCAGCCCCCGGCCGCCUUCCCCGCGCUUUCCUCCUGUGCCCACCUAUCUUGCCUCACUUGCUUGCAGCAGUAUUUGCGCAUCGAGAUCAGCGAGAGCCGCGUCCAGCUGGCCUGUCCGCACUGCCCGGCUCUGUUGCAACCGGCUGAGAUUCAUCAGCUGCUGCCCGAGGCCGGCCUGCGCGACAAGUACGAAGAGUACCUGCUGAGACGCCUGUUAGUUGCCGACCCUGGCACGCGCUGGUGCCCGGCCCCUGAUUGCAGCUAUGCUGUAAUUGCCUAUGGCUGCGCUGAAUGCCCCCAGCUUGUAUGUGGUCGUCAGGAUUGCAGGACAGAAUUUUGCUACCACUGCCGGCAGCCCUGGCACCCCAACUCCUCCUGUGAGCAGGCCUGGCAGGAGUGGAAGCAGCAGACCCCUCUGGGAGCAAUGGAACUCUCCACACAGUUGAUCUGGAAAGAAGAAGCUGCCCACAGCCCUGAUGCCAUCAAGGUCUGUCCCCGCUGUGGUGCUUUCAUCAUGAAGAUCAACGACGGGAGCUGUAAUCGUAUGAACUGCACUGUCUGUGGCUGCCUUUUCUGCUGGCUCUGCAUGCAAGAAAUCACGGAUGUCCAUUUCCUCAGUCCUUCUGGCUGCACUUUUUGGGGAAAGAAGCCCUGGUCCCGAACCCAGAAGCUCCUAUGGCAGCUGGGCAUGGUGUUGGGUGCCCCAAUGGUGAUCUCGCUUGUGGCUGGCAUUGCAGUGCCAGUCAUCACCCUGGGUAUACCCAUUUACACAGGGAAGAAGGUUUUGAGCCAUGGGCGCAAGAGCAAACUGUCAGGCUGCCAGCAGUGUCUUUCUGUUGCCAGCAGCAUUCUCCUCUCUCUCUUUGUGUCCCCUGUCAUCACAGCUGUCACUGUUGGGGUGGGUGUGCCCCUGAUGCUCACCUACGUGUACGGGGUCGUGGUACUCUCUCUGUGCCGGAAUCGCUGGGGGUGUGGCAGCUCCAGAAGGAAAGCUGGGGAGCUCAGCACAGUGGAACUGGAGAACCUCGCCAAAUUGAAUGAACUGCUGGCUGUGUUGCCUACCCCCAUGGUGCCUGAGAAGGGGGCUUCUGCUUCCAUCCCCCAUUCAAGUAACAGCCAACGUGAAGAGCCAUGCCAGAAGGAUCAGAACAGCCAAUCUGCCAGCACUGUAGCCUUGGCAGGCAGCAUGCUGAGUGAAGCCCAAGAAACUUCCCACAGGGAUGGCCUGAAUAUGGUGGAAGUGGAAGUGGAGAUUGAAGCUCAGCCACAGGCUGCCUGUGAGCACAGUCUCUGUAGUGCUGCAUCAGGCCACAGCUUUUCAGCAGACUCUCUCACCUACGCAAGCGAUGGUUGCAGUUUGGCAGGAGUGAUGACAGAGUAAAGCAACUUAACACAUGGAAGUCGUCAUGGACUGGAGAUCUAAGCUCUCCCAGCUUGAAAGCCAAGCCUGUUCUACAGCCCAUGCAAGAUUCAUCACUGCUCACUUCUGUUACCCAAACAUUUGGCAUCUUUUAGCCCCCAUUCUGCCUUCCACUUGACUGAGACCUUUGGUGCUUCAAGGCAAUAAAUAGCAGCUAUCAGGA